AUGGCGCCGUCUCUGUGGAAGGGUCUGGUGAGCAUCGGCCUCUUUGCACUAGCCCACGCCGCUUUUUCCGCUGCGCAGCAUCGUUCUUAUAUGCGAUUAACAGAAAAGGAAGACGAAUCACUGCCAAUAGAUACAGUUCUUCAGACACUUCUGGCCUUUGCAGUUACCUGUUACGGUAUAGUUCAUAUUGCAGGGGAGUUUAAAGACAUGGAUGCCACUUCAGAACUAAAAAAUAAGACAUUUGAUACAUUAAGGAAUCACCCAUCCUUUUAUGUAUUUAACCAUCGUGGUCGUGUACUGUUCCGGCCUUCGGAUACAACCAGUUCUUCAAACCAAGAUGCAUUGUCCUCUAACACAUCACUGAAGUUACGAAAACUCGAAUCACUGCGUCGUUAACAUUUUUACAAAUUAUAGCAAUAGGACAGGACACAGAGCUGAAAUAUUGAAUUUGGGGUAUAAAACACACCCCCCCAUCAGUACUUAUAUUGAUC